GAGCUGCCUGCCUGCCUGCCUUUGCUCUCACCUUCCUGCGUGUCCCGGGCGUCUUUAAACCCCAAACACAAGAAAAGGAGAAAGACUACACAGCACGCGCAUGAGAGAGGAAAGCGCGAGUUUUCUCCCCCCCCUUGCCUGCACGUCGCACCACCAUGGCUUAUAUAUGAGGAGGACAGUUUGGGAUGCGGAUAUAAACAAGCGUCUCCGCGGAGAGAAGCGCAUGAGAAAACACAACGCUGUCCGUCUUCUCUCCCACACCGAGAAGGACUCCUCCCCACCUCGGCCGUGACACCUCCGGUAAAUCACAGAGGGACGACAACAACCUGUUUUUACGCUGGAGACACCCCCACCGAGCAAAACAAAUACGAUUCACCUACCACUGGCUGCCUGACUGUAUGGCUUUAAAAAGUUGCCUGGAGAACAUGGACAUCUGACGUGCGCCACACGCCGUCAUUGGACACAUUGAGCCUCUCUCUCUCUCUUUUCUCCAUCACAUAUUGGACUGACUAAUCCUCGUGCGCUUUGGGUUUGGAGUAAGACGAAGUGUUGAGCAGUUGUCACUUGUUCCUGACACAGGUUACAUCCAGUAGCUCUCUGCACAAGAGGGAACAUAACCUCUCCACUGAAGACAUUGACUCUUGUGCUGCUGCGCAUUUUUCGUGCUUACGUGCUCACUGUUUGUGCAUUAGUGGGAGAGAUAUUUUUGUCAGCCCACCACGGAUUUGUCAAAGCUGAAAUAAAGCCCAUGAUUCAUCUGGACCCUCGACCUGCACGAGAGAGAAUAGGCAGUGACGCGUUGGUUUUGUAACUUGAAUUUUUUUUUUUCCGGCAACCUGAACAAGUGGCAUCUCCAGUCCCUCCGUGAAUGGUCACACCACCUUCUCCAUGUUGUGCGCAAUUUUAUUUCUUUCACAAACUGCGCCAGCAAUACACGGCCACAUGUGAAUGAGACUCGUCACCUGUCCCGGUUGAAAGCGCCCCUGAUCACUCGCCUGACUGACCCAAACACAGAAGAGGAAUACGUGCCGAACUUUUGCUGUAGUGAUGCUGCAAAUGGAAAUGGUCAUCUUCCUCUGCCUGGUGCUGUUGAUGUGUGUAUUUAGCCAGGAGCCCAGUUCCAAAGUGGUGGCCGACCGCUACGCCGUCUUCUGGAACCGGACCAACACCAAGUUCCAUCGUGGGGACUACCACAUCGACGUGUGCAUAAACGACUACCUGGAUGUCUACUGUCCUCACUAUGAAGACACAGUGCCUGAGGAGCGGACGGAGCGCUACGUCCUCUACAUGGUCAACUACGAUGGCUACAGCUCAUGCGACCACACCUCGAAGGGCUUCAAACGCUGGGAGUGCAACAGGCCACACUCUCCGAACGGACCGCUCAAGUUCUCAGAGAAGUUCCAGCUCUUCACUCCCUUCUCCCUGGGCUUUGAGUUCAGACCGGGCAGAGAAUACUACUACAUCUCCUCCACCAUCGCUGAGAACGGGAGGAGAACAUGCCUGAAGCUCAAAGUUUUCGUCCGACCAUCAAACAGCUGUGUGAAAACUAUAGGCGUACAUGACCGCGUUUUUGAUGUAAACGACAAAGUAAAUACAUUAGAACCAAGAGAUGAUACCAGCCACGAACCGGCUGAGCCUUCCCGGAGCGACGAAACAAACGCCGCGCCACACCAGCGGAACACAAGUCCACUCCUGGUGUUGUUGCUGGUCUGCCUACCAGCACUCUUCACUUUAUAGCGCCUCCCUCUGUCCUGGAGGGCAUUUACACCUAGCGUGGCCUGAAUCUGCCCGAGGCUGGCUGCAGGGAAGGGGGCGGGAUUUGUGGUUGGAGCGUGUUUUUUUCGCUUGAUUGGGCAUCAGAGCAGGCUUCCCAAGGAACCCUCGAUUUAUUCCCAGAAAUCUAUUUAAGUGUUCUUUCUCAGUCUGUGAGUGAAACAAGUUGAUGUUGGGAGUGGGAGAGACAGUUCCGCCUCUUUAACCUUCAACUAAGAUGCCAAAUCCUCCCUUUUUUUUUUUUGACACUUAGUGAUUCUUAAUUUCCCGUGACAUCCCUUUACAUUCUGUUUGUGUCAUUGCAGCACUGAUGUUCACCCACACAUGCAUUACACACAUACACAGCAACAUGCACACACAUGCUUGCAGAGACAAAUACAGUAACCGUCAUUAGCGGUAGGGUUUGUAUUACAAAGUUCUAGACAGUUAGCAGCAUUACAAAGUAGGAAAGUGAAGACUUUAGAAGUUAGAUAAGACUGUACAUACACAAGUUAAUAUUCCCGAGACCUCUCAAGAAGCCUUUCAGAACACAUUUUUUUAUCAAGUUCUGCUGGGUCAUAUGGAGCAGGUUUUCUGCGCCUACAUUUUGCUCGGAAAGUUUCCGUAAAAAGCUGAAAGCUGAAUACGUAUUAAGAGAAAAGAAAAUGGUUAUGAGCAGAGGUCAGAGCACUGAGAAAUACAAACAUGACAUGCACCUUAGCCCCCCCUGAAUCUUCAGCCUGUCCUGGUUUUUAGAAUGCCGCCCUAUUUCUCUUGAAUUCUGAAGAGAGUGUUUUGAUGCAUAAGCUCCUUACAUGUUGCGUAAAUGAGUUGAGUGCAACCCCCUUAUGAAACCCCCCCCCGAGCCCUAUUUUUCCUCAUCCUCUGCCGUGUCAGCCUGCUCAAUAAAACGCCCUGCAAAGCAUUUGAUUCACUCUGACUCACAAACAGCUAAAUUGAAACUUUCUCCGCCGACAACGUUGUGGACUGCUAUUAUUAAGAUGGAGAAUCGAUAGCUUUGGAAAGUUGAUCACACAAUUUCACGGCAUCUGUCACGGUCGUUUUAUGCAAUGUUUACCGAGCCGGGCAGCAAUCGUUCUCUGUGUUCCAUUUGAGAAUUUGUCGAUAUAUUAAACACUCCUUUAAGCAUUAUGCAUCCCACAGAUUCUUCCCCUGCUAAAGUGACAUUUUAAGAUUUUCCCUUUUAAAUUGGACGCUGCCUUCUCUCAUUAAGUUAUUUUUCUUUGCUAAUGGUGUCUCCAAACAUUGUCCUUCACAUUGCAGACACUGAAAACUUUGUAUUUUUAUAUCUCUGAAACUCCUCAGAAACAGAGGUCAUGUUUAGAAAAAGACAUAGUGCCAACCUUUUUCUUGCUUUUUCAUCACUUAAACCCAUCCACAGCUUUGGCUCGUGCUCAUUAAACAUUAGUUAGCUGUUUUCCACAUGCAGUUUAUUGCUUAGUGAGUUAGUGCAGUGUUUACAGCGCUGACGCAUCGCUCUCGUUAGUUUUAAAACACAUACUGUUAAAAUAGACACUCUGUAUUUACUCUUUAUAAAGCAAUGCACAGCUCUACUUAGUCAGGCUAGUUUUAUGUUAGCACUUACAUGCAAAUGAAUUCACUGUGUUAUAAUGAUAUUCAGCUCCCACAGACUCACAUGGUGAGUUAGCGUAAUGAAACCUCUUGUGUCUUCUUCCAAAACGGAAGGGACUUGUUUUGUUUCUUUCAAAGACACACGGACAGAUAGAGAUAUUAUCUCUACGCUGACGUCCUUUCAGAAACCGUGUUUUGGACGAGAAAUCGGGACCCAAUUGCUUUAGGGAGACAGACAGAUAGGAAGAAUAAAGACGAGCACAGGAGCAAUCGCAUGUCCACCUUCAGCUCCUAGUGUUACUGGUUUAAGUGACUCUUUAAUGAGGUUCAAAAUGACAGGCAUGCGGACCCCCAUGUUGUGGCAAGGGGAGUUAUUUCUGGUAUUAAAAAUAGAUGGUAGAAGGCUUGGGGGGUCUCGGGAGGAGGGAGGGGGGGGGUGUCGAUUUCAACCAUUGGGGGGGGGGUUUAAAGCACCAAUGACCUUGCAGUUUGAGAGAAUCGGUGAGUGAAGGGGACGGAGAGAAUUAAAGGCAGAGACGCACACACUCGGCGGCAGAUAGAAAAGACACGGGUGGUAGCCGAAGGUAGACAAGAGUGCCUAACAAAACAAAACAACAGAAAAAAAAACACACACUUUCUGGAAAACAACACCUCACCCUCCUGCGAUAAACCCAUUGUUCAGUGUCAUUCUGUCUCCAAAGGCGUGCACUGUUUUAUUUUUGCUGUUGUCAUUUUUGUGGCUGCCUUUCUUUUUCUUAUAGUUUCUUUUCUCCCCCCCCUUCCUCCUCCAGAAAGACUGUCUUUGCCUUUUGCAAUUUUUUUUUUUUUUUAAUUUAGCCCGACAGAAACAAUGCUAUUACAGCCGGAUAGCAGCUCAGCUAUGGGCGGGGGGGGUAAUAGGAGACGAGAGCAUUUAAUGAGGUACUAAUUUUCAGGAGAACACCACAGGGAGUGAGCACCGCCUGACAUUCAAAACGGACGCUUGUCAGCAGAUUAACACUCGACUUUUAUCUGGAACCAGCUUCACUUGUACUCUCUUAUAAUACUACUAUUUGCCAUUAUCGCUAUUAUUACCAUGGUUUAUUCUGUACACACCUUAACUUGGGAAAUGAGGAUCAUCUUAUGAACUGGAUACUGUGUAUCCUGAGGUAGUCAAUCACAAAACAUGUAGUGUUAGGGUUAGUAUCUGUUUUGUACCUUUCUGGAGGACAAAAGAAAAAAAUGAGAUACAUCAUUGUUAAAACUGUAUAAUUAUUAUUACUGUUAUGAUGAUGAUGAUGAUGAUUAUGACUAUUAUUAUUAGGAGAACUUCUUGAUGUAAAUAGUGUUUGAUAUUAAAGUAUUAAUUUGGUUCUUAUGUCUUUUCUAAAAAAAAAAAAAACGAACACGGUAUUAUCUCUGGGUUUUGCGGAGUGUGUACUGUCCUCAAACAAUGCAUUGUGUGCUUUGACCCUCAAUGCCUAAUGACACUUUGAGCUAAUACGGAGGGGGAGCUGUACAACCAUUGUACAGAAGACUGGACGUUAGCCAAACGAGUGGCUCAUCUGUUACAUGUUUCCAACCCGUCACCACCCGUCACCAUAUCUCCACAGAAAGAUCCUGCCUUGGAAAAGAAAACACUCGAUGAGACUUAACAGACGGCUUCUUUGUACUUUUUUGCCUUCAGUGUUUGAAAGCAUGUUGGUCAGCUCAAAGAUGUGCCACCUGUGGACUGUUUGCUUUUUUUUUUUUUUUUAAAUGGAAGGAUCUCGCCCGACUUCAUUAUGUGGCAUGCGCAUGAACUUGAUGACAUGUUAAAAAAAAAAAAAAAAAAAAAAAAAGUUUCAAAAAGAAAGUUUUCCUUUUGCUCUUAUUUUCUCGUUCCUUUUAAGAAGUGUUAGAUUUUCACUUUCAUGUUGUGUGUUUUUUGCAUCCCCCAUUUGAGUGAUGUCAUAAAAGCUGUGUAGUGACAGAAGAUGAUGUACAUAACACAAACCAUUGUUGUGAAGUUACAGUAGAGGGUCAGACAUUUUGUAGAUCAGAAGCAAUUUUUUUUUUCUCUUCCUAAGAACGCCUCUUUCUGUACACACCCACUGAAUUCAUCUCAUGUAGUCCCAGUUUGUCUCUUCUGACUGUUCAUAUUCUUCCUGCUCUUUCAAUAGAGAGGAGGUGUAUACAUCAGUGUGUGGACGUUUUUUUUUUUUCAGCGUGUAAAAAUGUGUGAGACAUUUCAAGUCUGAGUGUGUGCGUGUCUCAUUUGCCGUUGCCGCAGUGAAUGGGAAGCGGCAACCCUCUUUGGCAACGAAGAGUGUUUCCCAUGCCUUAGCCCUUCAGCCUCUGCCCCGGCAGCCACGUCUGUGUUCAAGACGCUCCCUGCCAUUGUGCUUUUACACGGAAAGGCUGCUGGCGUCGAAGAGACUACAACAGGGGCCCUACACUUUCUCUCCCUUUUUAACUACCCUGAAUCACUCGUCCCUGUGGUAGAUGCGGGUCCUGGGCACAGUUCAGGGAUUAGUGCAACCCCCUGCUCUAAAUCCUGAACUGGAUUGUUAGCCGGGCAAAGCCUGCCAUCGAUCCAGGUUCUCAAAGCCUCUCUUCUUCGUCAGCUCCCUCCUCUCGCUGAUGAGCCACUUGUUCAUUUUGUGCACCUGUCCUGUCCCAUUCUUCUUGUGCUUGUAUAACCUCCACCACUCCACCCGCUGUCCUUCUUCCCCGAACCUUUGAAACCCCGCUCCCACUUUGCCAUCGGUGGGCAAUCUUUCCAACUUGCUCUUUUACAAUAUAUAAACAACGACAAAAAAUUUGACAAAAAAGUAUCUGUAUUUGUAUAUACACGUGUCUGAGCAACUAUGAGUAAUACAAUAAAACGGAAAUACAUUGCUUUA